AUGGCGAUUUCGCUACUCGCCAAGUUGCUCAUUACGGGCAUAUCCCUGGGAGUGAUAGCCGGCAUGUCAGUCACAAUAUACUUCGUGGUCACUGACGAGGGCCCCGUCUAUGUCAUAACGACAACCGAAGGGACGGACGAGAGCCCUACGACGCCGGAGAUCCCGACCGAGCUACUGUAUGAAGUAGGCGUCGGGAUUGCUGAUAUGACAGGACCGUGUGUUGAAAUUACGUUCAUGGGAUACGCUGAGUUAUCUCAAUCGGGUGCUGGCAUCCAUACCCGACAGUUCGCUCGAUCCUUUAUCUUCGAGAAAGAUGGCAAAAGGAUCGUUCUUGUCACCGCUGACGUUCAAUCCAUAGGCAUUGCUGUCAGGCGGGAGGUUGUCAGGAAUCUCCAGGCCAUUUACGGCGAAUUAUACACGCUGCAGAAUGUCAUUCUGACCGGAACUCACACUCAUUCGGCGCCGGGCGGGUAUCUGGUAGACUUCAUUCUUGACGUCAGCAUCCUCGGCUUCUCUAGAGAAACCUUCAAUGCAUAUGUGACGGGGAUCACUAAUAGUAUUGUCCGUGCUCAUGAAAACAUGGUGCCAGCCCGUCUGUUUUACAGCACAUCCACGGUCCGCAAUGCCAACAUGAAUAGAUCACCAUACGCGUAUGAAUAUAAUCCACCUGAAGAAAGAGAAAGGUACGAAAGUGACACCGACGACGUACUCACCCAAGUUCGAAUUGUUAAGGAGGACGGCUCUCUGCAUGGCAUAAUGAACUGGUUCGCGGUCCAUACUACCAGCAUGAACAUGACGAACCUGCUGGUAUCUUCAGAUAAUCUGGGCUACGCUUCCAUAAAGAUGGAGGCCAUGUUGAACCCUCAGAAGUUUGUUGGCCAGGCAGACAUCGUAGCCGGUUUCUUCGCGUCGAAUCUCGGCGACGUAUCGCCCAACCUGCGCGGUGCGCGGUGCGAGUUCAGUGGCGAGGCGUGCGACAACCAGUUCCUACUGUGUGCCGCGGGGGAACGCUGCUACUCUUUGGGCCCGGGAGACGACAUGUUUGAGAGCACGAGGAUUAUUGGAACAGCUGUAUAUGAGGGGGCAGUGGAAGCGCUCAACACUGCCGGAGAAGAACUGAGGGGAGACCUCAACGUUGUGCACCAAUUCCUAGACAUGGCUGAACAAGUUGUAUCAAAAUAUGAUCCCGUGGACAGGACCUUUAAUGAGAAUGAACAAGUCACAGGAUGCACGGCUGCGUUGGGUUACAGUUUCGCUUCUGGAACUAUUGAUGGUGCUAACACAUUAAAUAUUACUCAGGGUACAAUAUCAGGCAACCCUCUCCUGGACGACAUCGGCGGCGUUGUAACAUCACCACCUACAGAGGAAGACAUCGAGUGCCACGCGCCUAAGCCUAUUCUACUGAUGACUGGUCGAGCCAACUUCCCGCUCCCUUGGCACCCCAGCAUCGUGUCAGCGACCGUGGUGUACCUGGGCGGGUUGGCCAUCGCCGGCGUGCCCGGGGAGCCGACGACCAUGUCCGGGCGCCGCAUACGCGACGUCAUCGGUAACGCCAUGGAGCGCCUCGGCCUGCCACGCCGCGUCGUCGUCUCGGGGCUCACCAACGAGUACAUCCAUUAUGUGGCCACGCCUGAGGAAUACCAGGUGCAAAGAUACGAGGCAGCUUCUACGAUCUACGGCCCUAACGAGCUGGAUAUCUUCCUGAACAAGUUCGACGAAUUCACCACUGUCGCGAUUGAGGGCGGUACUGUGGAACCAGGGCCAGAGCCCGCCGACAACAUCGAGAGGACAAUCUCACUGAUCCUACCUGUGAUAGUGGACAACUCGCCCAUCGGCGCCAGGUUCGGAGACGUCGUGGAACAGCCUCCCGCGGCCGUUACAAGGGGGGAAACUAUCAGUGCCACCUUUGUGGCUGCAAAUCCUCGCAACAAUCUUCGCCAGGAGUCAUCGCACGCAGUCAUUCAGAGGCAGGAGCUGGGCGAGUGGGUGACGGUCGCCACCGACGCCAAUUGGGAAACCAAGUUCUACUGGGAGCGCGUAUCAACGCUGCUCGGCACGAGUCGAGCAACGUUCGAAUGGACGGUACCAGAUGACGCGCUGGCCGCGGCGUACCGUGUCGUCUACUACGGAGCCCGACGAAGCCUGCUCGGCACAAUCACGGAAUUCGAGGGAUACAGCAACAGCUUUAAUGUUAUAAACUAAUUAUUU